GGCCGACUUCCGGUGUGGCUGAGGGCGCUGCCUGAGGCCCGGGCGGUCGAGCGGCUCGGCCUCCCUCCUCCGUCUCCAUCUUCUCCGUCUCCAUCUUCUCCGUCUCCAUCUUCUCCUCCUCCGUCUCCUCCGUCUCCGUCUCCCUGAGGCUCCGGCAUCGCGGCGGCGUCGCGCCCCCUUGCCGGAGAGCUCCGAGACCAUGUCGGCUGCCGUCGUGGAAGCGAUCGGCUCGACCCCCGCCGCGGGGUCGAACGAUAUUGGUCUGGAGGAGCCAAAGAAGAUGACGAGAGAAGAUUGGAGAAAGAAAAAGGAAUUAGAAGAACAGAGGAAAUUGGGAAACGCCCCCGCGGAAGUUGACGAAGAAGGAAAAGAUAUCAAUCCUCACAUUCCUCAGUACAUCUCCUCCGUGCCAUGGUAUAUAGAUCCAUCCAAAAGACCCACUUUAAAGCACCAGCGACCUCAACCAGAGAAGCAGAGAGAGUAUAGUUCCUCUGGAGAGUGGUAUAAGAGGGGUGUUAAAGAGAAUAUCGUUACUACCAAAUACCGCAAAGGAGCUUGUGAAAAUUGUGGGGCUCUGACACACAAAAAGAAGGACUGCUUUGAGCGGCCCAGGAGAGUUGGAGCGAAAUUUACAGGAACUAAUAUUGCCCCUGAUGAACACGUCCAGCCUCAGUUGACAUUUGAUUAUGACGGGAAGAGGGAUCGUUGGAAUGGCUACAACUCAGAGGAGCACAUGAAGAUUGUAGAAGAAUAUUCCAAAGUUGAUCUGGCGAAACGCACUCUAAAGGCCCAGAAGCUUCAGGAGGAAUUGGCAUCAGGGAAAUUGAUGGAACAGGCGAAUUCUCCAAAGCACCAGUGGGGAGAAGAGGAGCCAAAUUCCCAAAUGGAAAGAGAUCGUAACAGUGAGGAUGAAGAUGAAGACAAAUACGCAGAUGAUAUUGACAUGCCUGGGCAAAAUUUUGAUUCCAAAAGAAGAAUUACAGUCAGGAAUCUCAGAAUUCGAGAAGAUAUUGCUAAAUACUUGAGGAACUUAGAUCCAAAUUCUGCCUACUACGAUCCGAAGACGAGAGCCAUGAGGGAAAACCCGUAUGCCAAUGCAGGAAAAAAUCCAGAUGAAGUGAGUUAUGCAGGAGACAAUUUUGUUCGGUACACCGGAGAUACGAUUUCAAUGGCACAGACACAAUUGUUUGCCUGGGAGGCGUAUGACAAGGGAUCUGAAGUGCAUCUCCAGGCGGAUCCUACAAAACUAGAGCUGCUGUACAAAUCGUUCAAAGUCAAGAAAGAAGAUUUCAAAGAACAGCAGAAAGAAAGCAUCCUAGAGAAGUACGGAGGGCAGGAGCAUCUGGAUGCCCCUCCUACCGAGUUGCUGCUGGCGCAAACCGAAGACUAUGUGGAGUAUUCUAGGCAUGGAACAGUUAUCAAAGGGCAAGAGCGAGCUAUUGCCUGCUCUAAAUAUGAAGAGGAUGUGAAGAUCAAUAAUCAUACAUGUAUCUGGGGUUCGUAUUGGAAGGAAGGCAGAUGGGGAUACAAGUGCUGUCACUCUUUCGUCAAGUACUCCUACUGCACUGGCGAGGCUGGGAAGGAAAUUGCUAAUGCAGAUACCUGUAUUCCGGAUGAAGAGGCCACAGAGGAAGAACAAACAAAUAAGCCCAAAACACUAGUGGAGAUGCACCAAGAAAAACAGAAAGAGGAGAAGAAGAAGAAGAAGAAAAAGCACAAGAGGAGUAGUUCAGACAGUGAUGGUGAAGAAAAGAAAAAGCAUGAGAAACUGAAAAAGGCAUUAAAUGCGGAAGAGGCCCGGCUUCUCCAGGUUAAGGAGAUCAUGCAGUUAGAUGAGAGGAAGCGGCCUUAUAACAGCACGUUUGAAGCCCGAGAGCCCACGGAAGAGGAAAUGGAAGCUUACAGAAUGAAACGACAGCGUCCAGAUGAUCCGAUGGCCUCCUUCCUGGGACAGUAAAGGCAGAAUUUGGAAGGAGAUCUGGGAACCACAAUUGAAAAGCUUUUUGUCAUCUGCACUUCCCCUUGUAUUGGUGUUGGUUAGAUACACUUUCUGAAGUACCGGCGCUUUUAGAUCUGGUAAAUAUAUAAAAUGGGAAAUGUGGCUCUUUAUGAUAAACUUGCUACAGCUUUUACUUGUCUGUGGGUCCAGAGUUCCCCAGUAAACAUUUUAUAGCUUGUCAAUA